ACGUGAGAGUUGGACGUUUCAGAGAAGGGAGAAGUCGCUGAAUAAAGGACCAUUAAAGAGUUUGACGGAUGUGAGAAGACUGUUUCGGAGUUGUGGGCUAUAGCUAAUUUAUCGGAAUGACAUUUUAGCGGGAAUAUCAAUAACAGGCAUAUUCAUAUAGUUUACUUGAAUGUCCGCGAUAAAAUAUAGAAUCGAUGCCACCACGUAAUCCGAUGAUUGUUUGGAUAUUGAAGCAGGGAUUGUGAACCAACACAUCUGUCAAGGGGCUAUAUGAACGUAUCCACACUUACUAUCUCAAAUGAAAAUGUAAACAGUCCUUCAGGUCCCUAUAAAGAGUGUGAUACCAACAGUGCCAGAUAAAGAGUGUGAUACCAACAGUGCCAGAUAAAGAGUGUGAUACCAACAGUGCCAGAUAAAGUCAUCCACUGCCAGUAGAUCCUCUGUCUACAGUCGGUGGUGUUCUGGCGCCCUCUGUUGUGUGACGAGGGAAGGCCAGGGACAGACAGGAUGGAGAACGUGUUUGAGGAGGGGAUGAACCCUGUUAUCAUUGCCCACUACAACCACUCUGGGAAGUGGGGUCGACCUCGGAGCAGUGCGGCCUGUAAGACUGUUGUCCUCCUCCUCAUCUGUGUCCUCAUCGUGCUGGAGAACAUCACAGUGCUGCUGGCGCUGUGGAGGAACAAACGCUUCCUGAGUCGCAUGUACUUUCUCAUCGGUAACCUGGCCCUGUCUGACCUGUUGGCUGGGGUGGCCUAUAUGGUUAAUAUCUUCACCUCUGGUAGCAGUACCUUCUUCCUGACGCCGGCCCAGUGGCUGGCAAGAGAGGGAAGCAUGUUCGUGGCCCUCAGUGCAUCCACCUUCAGCCUACUGGCCAUCGGUAUCGAGAGACACAUGACCAUGGUUCGUCUGUGCAAGGCGGCGGGGCGGGGGAGGUUACUGGGGCUGCUGGGGGCAUGCUGGGCCGUGUCUGUGCUGCUCAGUGCCCUGCCUUCCCUGGGCUGGAACUGCCUGGAGCACCUGGCCUCCUGCUCUACCGUGCUGCCCCUCUAUGACAAGAGUUACGUGGCCUUCUGCAUCAGCGUGUUUAGCGCCCUGCUGGUGGCCAUCAUCAUCCUCUACAUCCGCAUCUACCGGCUGGUGACGUCCAGCGGGCGGAGGGUUAGCAGCAGGCCCUCGGAGCACUCACUGGCCCUGCUGAGGACGGUGGUAAUAGUUCUGGGGGUGUUUGUGAUGUGCUGGGCCCCGCUGUUCCUGCUGCUGCUACUGGACGUGGGCUGCAGUCCGGAGCGGUGCCCUGUGCUCUACCAUGUGGACUGGUUCAUUGCCCUGGCUGUGCUCAACUCAGCACUCAACCCCCUCAUCUACACCCUGUCCAGCAGGGAGAUGAGAGCAGCUUUCUUCAGGCUGCUGUGCUGCUAUCAGCCUCAACUGGAGGCCCCAGCCCCCAUGGCAGGCAACCCCCACCUGGGGACUGUCAUCCCCACGGCUGAGAACAGCAAGUCCAGUGUGGGGGGAGGAGGUAGUGGGAUAACGGGGGCGGCCAAGUCUCUGACCCGGGGGAAGAUUGCAACGCCCCUGAACUCUAACAACCAGCAUUUAGACCCCUCCGCCCCCACGGUGCCACACCUCUCUGGACCGGCCGACCUUCUGUCAGCGGUGCUGGUCAAGGCUGGGGCACUGCCCUCCCUCAGCAAGUUCUGACUGGACAGCUAAUUCACUGUAGACUGGUCCCAGAUAUGUAUGCGCUCUAGUAGUCUAGCCAACUACUCUGAUUAUCGUUGUCAUGCCACGUUUGUCAUAGUUGGCUAAUGCACAUCCAGAUAUUGGACCAGGCUAGAUUCACACGACAUGGCUAGCUGACAAUGCUGUGUGUGGGCAUUGUACAGGCAUGAAAAUGAGACAAUUUCAGUAUGUACUGGUGAAAGUAAUGACCGAGGAGACCUUAGGUAAACAUUUGGAUGAGGUUUCUACUGAUGAACCUUCUGUAAAUACAUUGCUUCACCAAUGAGACCGCAAAGCGAAGAUCCGCGAAGGAUCUACUCUUACCAUAGCUCAUCUAAAGCCACUAUUUUGCAAAAAACAUUCAAAGGACUCACAUUGAACCUUUGUACCUAAUACAUAAUUUACAUAACUAUGGAACACAAUGCAAAAUGUUACCAAGUCAUGCAAAAGAGCAGGGCUGUUUAAUGUUGGUCCUGGAGGGCCAAAACACUUCUGUUUUUCAUCUUCUCUUUCUAACCAGGGACUGACUGAUUCAGACCUGGGACAGCAGGUGAGUGCAGUUGACUACCAGGUACAAACAACAAUCAGAAGUGUUUUGAAUUGAACAGCCCUGUAAUAGAGCAUAAUAUAGCUUUAUUAACUAUAUAUAGUGUGGGAUCAGUGAAUUCAUUGUUUAUAUGUGUGUAAUAGAGGAUGGGUGGUGUGCAACUAAAGGUAGGAUCACUGUGUAUUGCACAUGCAGUGUCUAUUGUUUUUCCGAUUCACCUCCCUUUCUCUUUCUAUGUCAGCACAGGGUAUUUAUUUUCAAUGAAGACCAAGGCCUUCUUAGUGCUAUGAACUGUGUGACAAUCCUUUGUGUGUGUGCCUUAACUGUAUAGUGAGUCAAAUAUUGAUUUUGUAAUGAUUUGAAGUUUACUGCCAGAGUAAAGAACGUGUCAAUAUCGAUUAUGGUUACUCUUAGCCACAUAGAUGCAAGACACUCACACAAAUGAUUUAACCAACAAUGGACUAAGUUACAUUUAAAUCUUGAGUGGUGUGGUGUCUAAAACCAUUACAUACCAAUUGAAUAAAAACGAUUCUUGCUUCAUAAGCAUUGGUCACUUUUCGUGGUUUUGUAUGUUAGGCUUUCAUGUAAUGCAUUCUCAGAGUAGUUACUGUACACAACAACAUUGCAGCAUGUUUUCUCACAAUAUUAUGUUUUAAUUCAAUUUGCUACUGUAUGUAGACAUGACAUAAGUUACAUUUGAACUUGUUUUAGUUAAGGGCCAUAUCCCAAGCCUUAAUCAUCCCAAUUUUAACAGGGAUCCUAAUCCACGAGAUAAUAAACAUACUAUCAUUAAUGAGACAGAAUAAAGGUAUAUUUUAAUGGUUUAUUAACUCUUCAGAUGAUACCGUUUAAUAUCCUAAUAUAAAAUAUCCAGGCCAUUCAUUCAACCCGUUCACACAAAAUUUGCAAGCUAUUCUUUCAGAAAUUAAUCUUGCAUAUCAUGAAAGGAUGACUCAUUUCAACAACUCAAUCUGUUUCACACUGCCACCUAGUGGGGAAAGAAAGGAAUUAGAGAAGGGAGGCUGCAUCAGGUACUGCUGGAAUGUCUACCAAUGAAUGGCAUGUCCAUCUUUUUGUGAGAAAUUACACUGGCCACUCAAAACAUUUAUAAAGUAUAAAUGAGUCAGUAAUUAUUAGUAAAUGAUUUAUAAGGAACUACCUUAUGAAUCAUUAUUAUAUACUUUAAAAGUUGUUUAUAAAUGUAUGAAUAACUAGCUUACUAAUAUUUACAAAUGUGGGAAUGGUCUUUUUGGGCUCAACUGGUAAUGAAUGGUGUGGCUGUUGAACAAGUUGAGGAGACUAAAUUACUUGGCGUUACUUUAGAUUGUAAACUGUCAUGGUCAAAACUGUCACGCCUUCAUCUGUUUCACCUGU